UUGAUUGUUUGUCAAGAUUUUCACUCCGCUAAAAAAUUCAAAAUCCUUCUUUGUUUUAAAUAUUGAAAAACCUGGCUUGGUUGACAUAGUAUUUACCGAUCUAAUUGUCUUUGGUAUCGAUUUUUGGUGAAAUUCUGUAUUUUUGAUUUUUUGUUUUGGAGGCGAUUUGGAAGAGUUUGAUUUUCCAGCUGCCAUUUUGGAUUUGGAACAUAAACUCUGUUCCGGUUACUACCGUCAUUUAAUCGCUUUAUCUUCUCUACUUAAAACCACCCAAUGGCAAAGUCACCAGUUCCAACACUAAGUGACCUUUGGGGCUCUAGAAAGGACUCUUCUCUCAUGAUGCAGCGGCCAAGAAGCCCAAAAGUGGAAAAGAAAUUCAGUUUUCCCGCUUCGAAUUCUAAAGAAGACUGGCAUAUCGUUACUAGUGUGGUCACUGCGUUAUUCCAAAAGAAAAAGCUUUCCAACUUAGAACUUGAUUUACUCACAGAAAAGGUCAAGCUAGUGAAAGCUGAUUUUGGUAAUGGCGAGUUGUGUAAGCGUUUUAAGGAGUCUAUUCUUGUAAAGGGAAUGAUCAUUCUGCGUGAACACAUCAAAGUCGAGUCUGGGGCACAGUUGCUCGAUAAACUAGCCACAACAUGGACUCAUUUUUUCCACAACGUUCUGCCGCUCGUUCAAGCGAUUUUUGUGAAUCUUCAGCCGGCUGAUGGGAAUUCUGUUCGCGAUCUGUCGUUAAUAACGUUCAGAGAUAUAGUUGUUUUGAAGACGAAGCUAGAAGAAGCCUUUCAGAUGGCUUUGUCACCUCCUGCAGCAGUCGUACAAAUGCUUCUCGUUUUACAGAGUGUCCAUGACUCAACUCCUCCAAACAAGAACUAUAAAAAACUUGAAACCCUCGUAUCAUAUGUUGUUAGUCCAUACUUGAGUUCAUCUGGUCUCCGUAUUAAACCGAUCAUGUACUCACAACAAAUAAACACCAAAACAUUUGGAAGCGAUUCCUCACCAAGUGAUUCAGGCAGAAUUCCAAGACCAGCAAGUGCUUUGCAGCUAACAAAAAGUUCCGAUAAACUUGAUCCUGUAAUGGAAGUGGAGCAAGUUAACAGGAGACAUACUUUUACUGGUUCUGAUAAUUCUGUUACAUCUCAAUAUACAUUUACUGGCUCGGACCAUCCUAUAGCAUCAGUUUCUUCGACUAAAAACACAAAAGUCAACACUAAGAUGUAAUUAUAAAGGUUUUUUGCACUUUUUUUAGUUCAUUAGACCUUUUUAGCUUCGUAUGUCCAUUUCAGACCACGUGUCAUUCCCUUGAGAAUAAGAUUCUUUGUUUGAGCUGUAU